AUGCCAGAGUCAAAAUUACCCUCCGAUAGUUAUCCCAAAUCAGAUGUGCCUUCCGUCCAAGAACUAGGAUCUCAUAUCAUGGGAGCUCGUACUCCAGGUGGGGAAAGUAACCAUGCCGAAGCCAGUGCACAGGAGAGCCCUCAACUAGUCACGGAUAUCGGCCCAGCUGGACACACAACAGACAUUGAUAGGAACGUCAUCGCUACCGAUGAGUUUAUUAAUGAUGGCGAGAAUGAUGUGUCUGAAAUGAUCAAUCUUGCUGUCUCGCUCAUGGCAGAAUGCAAGGCAGGGUUAUCGCUUUCAGAGCUAAACGACGUGGUCUUCCUGUUCCGUCACGUUAAAGAUAGCUGCCCAGCAACACACCUGCUCCACACUGCUGCCAAGAGAGAUCUUGUGUCCGCAUUGGGUGUCAGAUUCAUGUACACCAAUCAGAUACAUGAUUUGAUGGAAUCUUUGACUCUUCGCAACGAGAUAGUUGAGGGUGGGAUUUUAGACCAAGAGGCAAGCCCUGAAAUCAAUACCACCAUCCAACUAGAGGACAAGACAGACAGAGAAGACACAUCAGAACUCGCGAAGGGAUUGUUGAUGGGCUUCCAGAAGUCAACUUCCCUUCACAUUCUGAACAAAAUUGUCUUCCUUGUUCAACAUGCACUUACACAAUUAUCAGCUGCAUCUACAAGCCGGUUCAUUGCAUUAACGACUCUGGUUGAUGCAUUAUAUGCCCGCUUUAACCAUUCUUAUGAUCUGACCGACCUGAACAAAGCAAUUUCUAGUUUGCAAGAUGCUAGCAAAUGUUGCAUGGAGCAAGAUCAGCAAGAAUUGAACAUAAACUUCUGGAUCUGUGGGCUGUUAGCAACACGAUUUGAUUCAAUGGGGGAUAUUUCUGAUCUUCAAAGGGCAUUGGAUUGGGCUAUGAAAGGGACUGAAACUUCCACAGGUAUUCUGGAAUCACUUGAGUUUGCUGAUGAACUUCAUAAACAGUUCACAAUGUCAGGUAACAUGGCUGACCUGAAUACUGCAGUGACACUUUUUAGGGAAGGGAUUGCAGAACUACCUCAGGGAAGUGAGAAUUAUGCAGCUGCUGUCAAUAAUUUUGCUUUUGCACUGUGGACCCAAUUUGAGCAGGGAGGUCAGCAAAGUGACCUUGAUGAAGCCAUUUCUCUGUUCAGGCAAGCUCUUGACCUCCGACUUCCACCUCAUCCUGAUCGAUCCAGCUCCCUCAACAAUCUUGCUUCUGCACUGUUGACCCAAUUUGAGCAAGGAGGUCAGCAAAGCAAUCUCAAUGAAACCAUUUCUCUGCACAGGCAAGCUCUUGAGCUCCGACUUCCACCCCAUCCCGAUCGAUCCAGCUCACUCAACAACCUUGCAAAUGCACUGUGGACCAGAUUUGAGCAAGGAGGUCAGCAAAGUGAUCUUGAUGAAGCCAUUUCUCUGCACAGGCAAGCUCUUGAGCUCCGACUUCCACCCCAUCCCAAUCGAUCCAACUCACUAAACAAUCUUGCAAAUGCACUGUCAACCCAAUUUGAGCAAGGAGGUCAGCAAAGUGAUCUCAAUGAAGCCAUUUCUCUGCACAGGCAAGCUCUUGAGCUCCAACUUCCACCCCAUCCCAAUCGAUCCAGCUUGCUAAACAAUCUUGCUUCUGCACUGUCAACACGAUUUCAGCAAGGAGGUCAGCAAAGUGAUCUAGAUGAAGCUAUUUCUCUCCACAGGCAAGCUCUUGAGCUCCGACUUCCACCCCAUCCCCUUCAAUCCAGCUCACUCAACAAUCUUGCUUCUGCACUGUCAACCCAAUUUGAGCAAGGAGGUCAGCAAAGUGAUCUUGAUGAAGCCAUUUCUCUGCACAGGCAAGCUCUUGAGCUCCGACUUCUACCCCAUCCUCUUCGAUCCAGCUCACUCAACAAUCUUGCUUCUGCACUGUUGACCCGAUUUCAGCAGGGAGGUCAGCAAGGUGAUCUAAAUGAAGCCAUUUCUCUGCACAGGCAAGCUCUCGAGCUCCAACUUCCACCCCAUCCCCUUCGAUCCAGCUCACUCAACAAUCUUGCUUCUGCACUGUGGACUCAAUUUGAGCAAGGAGGUCAGCAAAGUAAUCUUGAUGAAGCCAUUUCUCUGCAUAGGCAAGCUCUCGAGCUCCAACUUCCACCCCAUCCCCUUCACUCCAGCUCACUCAACAAUCUUGCAAAUGCACUGUCAACCCGAUUUGAGCAAGGAGGUCAGCAAAGUGAUCUUGAUGAAGCCAUUUCUCUGCACAGGCAAGCUCUUGAGCUCUUCCUUCUACUCCAUCCCCUUCGGUCCGGCUCACUCAACAAUCUUGCAAAUGCACUGUUGACCCAAUUUGAGCAAGAAGGUCAGAAAAGUGAUCUUGAUGAAGCCAUUUCUCUGCACAGGCAAGCUCUUGAGCUCCGGCUUCCACCCCAUCCCGAUCGAUCCAGCUCACUCCACAGUCUUGCUUCUGCACUGUCAACCCAAUUUCAGCAAGAAGGUCAGCAAAGUGAUCUCGAUGAAGCAAUGUUUCUAUUUCUUACUGCUACCCAAUACCCCUUCCAAUCUCCAUCUAAUCGCCUUCAUGUUGCAAGAAGAUGGAUACGUCAUGCAGAUAGAAAUCAACAUAGCUCUGCAAUUGAUGCUUAUGAAGCUUCCAUACAGGCUUUACCACAGGUGGCUGCCCUGAGCUUGGAUGUAGCAUCACGACAGAACACCAUGACUGCAGGCAGUGAUGGCUUAGCUCGGGAUGCAGCUAGAUGUGCUAUUCGCUCUGGACGUAUAGACAAAGCCAUAGAACUUCUAGAAGCAGGACGAAGUAUCUUCUGGUCACAGGUCCUAUCUCUCCGCUCACCAUUUGAUCAACUCCACAAGAUUGAACCAGAAUUAGCAGAUAAGAUACGAAAUAUUGCAACUAAGCUGGAGAUUGGAUCUCAUCGUAAUGUUUUUUCCGAGAUUUUGGACAACAGAAAGAAGUUAUCUAUAGACCAGGAAGCAGCCCGACUCAAUCGCCUUAAUGAAGAAUGGGCUCAAUCUAUUGAUGAAGUUAGGACAAAGAGCGGAUUUGAGGACUUUCUACGCCCAUCCCGUUUAUCCUCACUCAAAUUGGCUGCGUCAGAAUAUCCAGUUGUCAUCCUUAUUGCGAAUGACGAUGAAAGCCAUUGCCUCAUCAUGACAUCAACAAUCAUUCAUCACAUCCCUCUUCCAAAGUUAGGCACUCCUAGGUUGAAGGAACUUGCUCAUACCAUUCAGAUAGCUGGCUCUCACUCACCAAUAUCACGGUCGCUCAUUGAUCAAACCCAAGAUAUAAAGCUCCUGGAGGAAGAGCGAGCAGGAAGAGUUAGCAGCCAUCUUAGAUCUUCAGAUGAUAUGUUCAAAUCUGUUUUGAGGAUCCUGUGGGAUGAAUUGGUAAAGCCAGUCAUUGAAUUUCUCAAUAUUAAGAAAUCAGACAAAAUGACUGUCCUGCAGUGGUGCCCAACUGGUCAUUUCACCUUCCUUCCCAUCCAUGCUGCAGGCUGCUACGAUGACAAGCUAGAUAUUGAUUGUGCCCCAGAUUACUUCAUUUCUUCAUACACUCCAUCCAUAGGGGCACUUUUGGCUUUGGAUUCAGCUCCCACCACCCAAUCAUUCCAAAUGAUGGCUGUGAUCCAAUCUAAAGGGCUGCCUUCUACAAGAAGGGAGCUAGAAAACAUUCGGCGACAUGUAUCUUGUGAAGCUCUCAUUGAAUUAGGAGUUCCUGGAGUACCUGCUGGAGUUGAAGCUGUUGCCUCCCGUCUUUCGAAUGCGUCUAUUGUUCACUUUGCAUGCCAUGGAAAUCAAGAUCCAUGUAAACCACUUGACAGUGGGCUCAAGCUCGAUGAUGGGCUACUCCAAAUCUCAAGAAUUAUGAAGGAAAAGAUGCCAAAUGGAUCACUUGCCUUUCUCUGUGCUUGUGAGACAGCCAUGGGCAAUGAAAAUCUACCAGAUGAGGCAAUGAGCAUAGGUGCAAGCUUGAUCUUUUCUGGAUUUCGGCGGGUCAUUGCAACUAUGUGGAAAAUGAUGGACAAAGAUGGACCUACUAUUGUAGACACAUUUUAUGAAGAACUUUUCUUGGGCGGUCCUGAUGGAAGACCAGCUAUUAAACCUGAUAUGACAAAGUCCGCUCUAGCUCUUCACCUUGCAGUCAAGAAACUCCGUUCGCAGGGUGUUUCAUUCCAUCGUUGGGUUCCUUUUAUCCAUAUGGGCAAAUAA